AAUCAAGUUACUUUUAUAAAAUUAUUUUAUAUAAAUAUUUUUAGUUAUAUUACUUAUAUAAAAAUGUCUGUUUUCGAUGGCGAAAUAGAAUACAAGUCUGUGUACAUGGUGGACUACCUGAAAAAAGACAAACCCCUGAGCCCUCGCCGACACGCGGUAGACGACAACUGCCUAAUUGUAGGCCUCGACCGAGACUCGCUGAAGGCCCGCGACCAGCCUAGGAAAAGCCCUGAUUUGCUGUGCCCUAUCAACUUCGAGUACUACAAGGAUGCUGUCGAACGGUUCAAAGAGGAUGAGCCGAAGUUGGUAGACAUGUACAUGUCCAAGGACAUCGACCCAGUUCCCAUCGACCACGCGAUCCAGGACCUGAAACGAACGGAGUACCUCACAAAGUACUGCUCACGAGAGCUCCCAUUCAUGUCCGUGAACCUGACGCGUCGGGCUCGUGCACUCCAAACCCUACGGCUUCCCGACGAUGUCCACAUUCCUGACACCACUCACACCGGAUCCUAUCGACGUCCAGCACCCGACAAAUACAAGGACCCACCCAAGACGCUGUCUUUGAAACCGAAGUUUGACGAUUCCUUACAAAGGGACCUGCGCCGAAUCCUGCGCAUACGCACCCCCGAGUCGUCUUACCAAGCGUACCACGGCCUUCUUGCCAAAGUGAUACUGGAGAAGAAUCCGUUCGGCAAGCCAAGGAAGGAACCCAAAUACGGACAUUGGCGUACACCGCAUUACUACACCUACUAUCACCUCUAGAGAAGUGUUUGCCUCAUU